AUGAAAUGCUUUGUUAUCAAGAAUUGUUCUCAUCUCAAGGCUCAUGAUGUUUGGUUCACUAAGUCCAACAACUUCCGGAAAACACCCAGUUUGGCAGUUCGGAGGAAAGUAAUUCCAUCAAACUGCCAGUUUUCAGUUUGUGCAGAGUAUUGUGUUGCUUGUUUCUUAUUUGUUCUCAUCUUUGUUGUUCCCUCUGAUAUACACGGUGAUGGCAGUAGGGGUGGAGCAAGUGAUUUUGCUGCUGGUUUUCUAUUAGGAGGUGCUAUAUUUGCAACAAUAGCAUAUGUUUUUGCUCCACAGAUUAGAAGAUCCCUGCUAAAUGAGGAUGAAUACGGAUUCCGGAAGGCAAAGCGACUAAUUUACUAUGAUGAAGGUUUAGAGCAAACCAGGCAGACCCUGAAUAAAAAAAUCAGUCAACUCAAUUCUGCCAUUGACAAUGUAUCCUCACGUGUGAGAGGUGGCAAUAAUUCACCCACAGUCCUGGUUGAGACUGAACCUGAAGUAGAAGCUACCAUGUGAGACGUGUUUGCUACCAGGUCAUAAUGGUCAGUUCCAAUAAUUAGCGAUUGCACCUGUGCGUCUAUAAUGAAUUCUGAUUUGGCAUGGUGUUUGGAAGUUUUUAUAUGGGAUUGGGUUAUGCAGUUUUGAUAUUAUUUUAUUUUUUGUUGUCUUUCUAUUGUUGGGUGCCAAAACACUGAGUAUAAUACUCGAGCACCUAAAUUUCAUUUUUGAGAAUACGAAUUAGAAUAGUGAA